AUGUCGAGAAAUAAAACGACCUGUGACGAAAACCGGCCGACCGCCGAAUUCGACCGGUUUGAGUUCCGGGGCGGCCGGCUGAUCGUCGGCUGCAAGUGUACCAGGAACGACGGGAUGCAGCACGAAUGCGAGCGACUGAAGUGCAUGGCCGACCGGCCGCCGUGUUUAACGUACCCGGCAGCCACUUGCCUUCCCAGCCGGCCGUGUCCGCCGCGGCCACCACAUCUUACUCAGGACAACGGCCACCGUGACGACAGCCGUGCCGAGUCGCAGGCGUCGCAUCAGCCGGUUGACGGUGGUGGUGGUAACGGUGGCAGCGUUGGCGGUGGUACCGGCGUCGUAGGGACCGGCGUCGGAGGGACCGGCGGCGAGCGCUCGGCGGGACGUGACGCGCGUUACCGACCUUUCAACUCGCGUCGCAUGCGAAAGUGGGCUUCCGAUCAAUACGACGACCGUCCCGCCCUCAGAAAGUUUUUCCGACCGUGCCGCGUCCACUGUGAGCAAUUCCGGCCGGCCACUGACAUCUGUGCACGAGACGUCAAGGCGAAAGUGAUUUUAUAA